AUGUCUCGACACCAGGCCUACCGCAACUACGACUACGAGAACGACCUCGACGAGUUCGAUGGAGAGGAGGACGAGUAUGGAGAGGGUGAGGAGGAGCUGAGCCCAGAGGACAAAGCGCAGAUGGACGCAGGCACCGCCGAAGUACGCAGCGCACUCGGACCCAGGGCCAGCAAGGUCACCACCGCACAGAUCCAGGAGGCGCUCUGGCAUUACUACUACGACGUCGACAAGUCGGUCGCCUUCCUCGUCAACAAGUUCAUCGAGCCGCCCGCGCCCAAGCCGGUACCCAGCAAACCACAAGGUGGGUCCCCAUUUUCCUCCUCUCGGACACCUGACAUGCAGCAUGGCAUGGAGCGCACUGGAGCGGAAUGGCGAAGUCGUCAGAAAGAGCAGAUCCCAGGAGUUUUCACGCUGUACACACCUUACCUUGUCCCGUGGCUACAGGUGCCGGACAUCACGGCCAGGCGCCAGCAGCACUUCUCCUUUGCCGACUUCUUCCAAGACAUGCCGUGGUUGAACGUCCCUCAGGAUCGCCAGACCAACUUUGUUCAACCCCUGUACCCGCGUGGCGGACUGCUGGGUGGUUCCGGCGCCCCUCCAAAGAUGUCCAAACUGCAGCAGUUGGCUGCUGCUCGCAAGAAGAAGGCAGACGAGCAGAAAUUGGGAGACAAGAGCAAGGGGGACGAUAGCAAGCCACAGGUCAAGGAUGCUACCAAGCAGAUGGGCAAGAUGUCCCUCGGGCUCAAGGACAGUGGGAAGACUCCUCGGCCUGCCACAUCCAGUCUACCGAGCUCUGUCGCCGAGGCCGACGUCGCACCAAUAACGCCAGAGAGCCGGAAAAGGAGGAAUAGUGAUCUUCUUCAGCUCCAGGGCCCUGGCGCGAAGUCGCCACCAGGAGUGCCCGACACAAGUGUGGAAGAGCCUUCCCCAGUCGCAACAGCUGCACCUUCGAUUUUUGCCCAAACUCUCCUGGGAUCUGCUCCACCGGCUCCGCCCGUGCCAAGGACCUUUGCCUUUCCAUACACGGCCUUUGCGCCCUCUGUGUCUGAUGCUUUCUCAGGACCUAGUCCAGAUGAUGUAGUGCUUAACGCACAGGCCAAAGCGAGUAAUAAGAAACUUGCCAGCGCUACCAAGAAGAAGGGCGGCGACGACAAGGUGGGCCAGGCCGCUGACGGAGUCAAGGCUCUCAAGGUCGAUGAUACACCCUUACCCAAGAGCAAGAACCUGGACGUGCUCAGCGAAUAUGAAAAGAGCAAAGGCAAGAAGAGUGCGAGUUUCGUAGUUGUUGGACAUGUCGACGCGGGAAAGAGUACUCUGAUGGGCAGGCUACUGCUCGACCUUAAUGUGGUGGACCAGCGCACGAUAGAGAGAUACCGCAAGGAGGCGGAACAGAUGGGCAAGUCCUCGUUUGCGCUAGCAUGGGUUCUGGAUCAAAGAACCGAGGAGCGCUCUCGAGGUGUCACGAUUGAUAUCGCCACCAACCGAUUCGAGACCGAGUCGACAUCCUUCACCAUCCUCGACGCACCAGGCCACCGUGACUUCAUCCCAAACAUGAUUGCCGGUGCAAGUCAGGCAGAUUUUGCGAUUCUUGUGAUCGACGCAUCAACGGGGUCUUUUGAAUCCGGACUCAAGGGUCAAACACGAGAGCAUUCACUGCUAAUAAGAAGCAUGGGUGUGUCCCGAGUCAUCGUUGCCGUCAACAAACUCGACACUGUUGGAUGGUCUCAGGAGCGAUUCGACGAAAUUACUCACCAAGUAUCCGGCUUCCUGUCAGCAACUGGCUUUCAGUUGAAGAACAUCAGCUUCGUACCGGUGUCCGGACUGCUGGGCGAUAACCUCGUUAACAAGUCGACCGACCCGGCAGCAAGCUGGUAUACCGGCGAAACCAUGAUCAAGGAGUUGGAGAACUCGGAGCCGAUGACCCGUGCGUUGGACAAGCCUUUACGUCUAACUAUUUCAGAGGUUUUCCGAUCUGCGCAGAGUCCUUUGACAAUAUCGGGGAGGAUUGAUGCAGGAUCCUUACAGGCAGGUGAUGCGUUGCUAGUGCAGCCAAGCGGAGAGAAGGCCUAUGUAAAAUCUUUGGAGCUCGACUCCGAAGCGGUUGACUGGGCAGUCGCAGGCCAGAACGUCGUCAUUCACCUCAGCAACAUCGACCCCAUCCACGUCCGGGUCGGAGAUAUCGUUUGCGACCCCAAGGCGCCCGUCAACUGCAUCGACACGUUUACAAUCAAGGCACUGGCCUUUGACAUCUUGAUGCCAAUGCAGGUCGACGUACAUCGGGGUCGGAUGUGGGCGGCUGGCCAGAUCGUGCAGAUGCCGGCGACGCUGGACAAGGUCAAGGGUACCAUACUCAAGAAGAACCCCAAGAUAGUCAAGCCAGCCAGCGUGGCCAGAGUCGUGGUCAAGAUGAGCAGCAAGGUCCCGCUCGAGGCGGGGCAGAGAGUUGUGUUACGAAGCAACGGAGAUACCGUUGCUGCUGGGUUGUUGGAAUGA